UUAUCAUUUUCCCUCCAGGGAUCGCCUUCUCUACUUCAUAGUUCAUAUCAUCUGUGUUACUGUUACCAACUACCGAGUAUUUAAACUGGUCAAUUGAAUAGACUUUUGUCAAUCAGAAUUAAUGAUGUGGAGCUUGACGCUGAUUUUGAUGGCUUCAUUGCUUCGGCAAGGUGCGUUCGGUAUCAACUCUAAAGGCCUAACACCGUUAGACGCUUGGUCGUUCGACAAGAUGGUGUCGAAGUUCAAAGCAACGAUCGUCAAGUUCGACACGGCAUAUCCGUACGGCGCAAAGCACGAAGAGUUCGCCAAACUCGCCGCCGCCGGGCGCAGUUCCAAAGACCUUUUGGUGGCAGAAGUUGGCAUCAAAGACUACGGUGAAUUCGAAAACGUGGAUUUAGGUGAACGUUUUGGCGUGGUUAAAGAAAAUUUCCCUGUGGUGAAGCUUUUUUUGCAGGGUAGAGACGAUCCCAUCGAUUUUGAUAGUACUGAUUACACGGAAGAUUCAUUGAGGAACUUCGUGCGGAAAAAUUCCGAUGUUUACAUUAGUCACGAAGACUGCUUAGAAGCCUUCGAUCGAAUCGUUGACAAGUUUAUUGUCGAAAAAGACUCUAAAAAACGAAACGCUCUACUACUCGAAGCCGAGGCUGAAGCCAAAAAGGUAAGAACUGCCGAAGACAAAACUUCAGCUGGGAUCUACGUGAAAAUUCUAGAAAAAAUGCUGGAAAAAGGCGACGACUUCAUUGCGCAGGAACGUUCCAGAGUUGCUGGUCUCAUGGAAAAACAGAAGCUCACCGAGGCAAAGAAAAAGACGAUGCAGGCCAAACUGAACGUUUUGAAAUCAUUCGAACACCACGAACUCUGACGCUCAAGACUGAAGACAUACGAAUUCCAUUCACAUUAUGUCCACGAAUCAUGAGGUGUAGCUACUUCAGUCAUUCAUUUAUUUAAGGCUGUAUACAUGGCGAAUAACGUAAUUUGUUAAAAAGUUCCUGUCUUUGUCCUUCGAUGUAUAGUUCCGAAAAACAACAUGUAAUCCGUUAUGACAUGUACGAGAAACUUUAACUGAAAAUAUUUAUCGAAUGAUCGGUACAAUUAGUACAGACAUUAUACAAUUAUUAAAAAUAUUUUCGGUGCUUUUCAAGAUUCAGGACCAAUUAUUACAUUCAAAUUCUGAAGAUAAUGUUAACAAAUUAAUGCAUUAAAAAUAAUUAUUUGACAUCCAAGCAAUUUCCUAAAGGUCGAACUGGGUUAAAAAUAUAAUCCGAUUCUGACAUC